GUGAGUGAGUGUAGAGGUGGUUUCUCCUCAGUGAUCCUGACGUCAGGGCGUGUUGUAGUGCUUUAAAGAAGAUGGUGGAGCUGCUGCUGCUGCUGCAGGAGAUCUGGGAUAGAGAGAGAGAGAGAGAGAGAGCAAAUAUCUUCACUAAAUAUCUUUACUAAAUAGUCGUCAACGCCGCCACAGAAACACAGGUCUGAAUGAUGGGAAAGUAGUUUAUUCCUGACCGGGCUGUUCGUAAACAGAAGCAACAUCUUCCAGCAUUCGAUUGGAAUUUGUGCAUCACCUCAGGUGUUGAUAGGAGCUGCAGCCUGCUCGUGACUCAGAUGAUUGAAAGAAGAAAGGAUUCCCACACGACAGUGCCUGCACCAAAGGAAGACGUCUUGACAGAUCGAUGAAGAAUUCCAGCCAGCCCUUCAGCACUGGAAACAACUCUCUCAAUUCAGUACCACCAAGCUACGUCAGCCAGGAUGUUCCUGCAGUAGGCGGCCAGAACGUCGGAGCCUGACAUGAACAAGCCGGAGGACGUGACGGAGGCGGAGGUGGAGGAUGAGCCUGGGAAUGGGGAGAUCAACGAGUUGGUGGAGGCUGACCUGGAGCACUCCGAGGUAGAGGAGGAGCAGCAUGGUGCCUGCUGCGAGGGCCUUGCCAGUGGGAAGGAGGAGAUAGCGUCGGUGGUGGCGGGGCGAUCCCGGGGCGAUGACGAGGGGACCCUGGCCAGGUCCGCCAGCACCGAGAGCGGCUUCCACAACCACACGGACAAGGCGGAGGGCGACGUGAUGGCCAGCGUGGGGGACGCAUACGACUCUGACGGCCGCCUCCAGGAGAACGAGGAUGAAAAUGCCUACGCUGUGCAUUACCGCCCGGAGGCCGAGGAGUACACAGAGAACCCAGAGUCUGAACACGCCGAGGCGGCUGACAGUAGGACUCUGCCCAACACACUGCACUUCAACAUCGUGGAUCACGAGGGAGUCACCAACACCACUUACUCUGGGUACGUUUACAGUCACCGGCCGUAUCACAGGGCGGAGGAGGCUCCGUACGCCGAGCCCUAUGAGGACUAUGCGGUCCAGGAGCAUGUGUAUGAAGAAAUUGGGGACACGUGUGAGCUGGCCGGCGGAGAGACACUCAGGCAGUACCGGCAGGAGCGGGAGGAGGCAGAGAACUACCGUAAGGAGGCGCUGGGCGCUCGGCUGCAUCAUUACGAUGAGCGUUCUGACGGGGAGUCCGACAGCCCCGAGAAGGAGGCCGAGUUCGCCCCCUACCCCAGGAUGGACAGUUACGAGCAGGAGGAGGACAUCGAUCAGAUUGUGGCCGAGGUGAAACAGAGCAUGAGCUCGCAGAGCCUCGACAAGGCCUCCCAGGACAUGCCCGAGGCCGAGCAGAACUCUGAGCACAGCCUGUCCAGUGGUGGAGGCGGCCAUGACAGUGACGAGGGAAAGACGCUAGCGAACUCCAGGUCUGUGCCCUCCACAAGUCCAACAGAGCCCGUGAGGCACAGCAGAGAGCAGAGGGACGCUAUCUCCCUGGCUAUCAAGGACAUCAAGGAGGCGAUUGAAGAGGUAAAGACGAGGACCAUCCGAUCGCCUUACACUCCCGAUGAGCCGACAGAACCCAUCUGGGUUAUGCGACAGGAUAUCAGUCCUACAGGAGAGUGUGAGAACCCAAUGCCAGGAGGAGGAGAUCAAUCUCCAUCACCUGGCUCCUCUUCACCCCAGGGUGCAGAGUCAUCUGUGCGGUCGCAUCAGUCCGACAUAAAUGAUACAGCAGAAACAUCAGCAAAUCGAGAGUCCAGAAAAAGUUUGGCUUCAUUUCCAACCUAUGUCGAAGUUCCUGGACCUUGUGACCCUGAGGACCUUAUUGAUGGGAUCAUCUUUGCAGCCAAUUACCUGGGAUCCACCCAGCUACUCUCAGACAAAACUCCUUCCAAGAAUGUCCGGAUGAUGCAGGCUCAGGAGGCAGUGAGCAGGAUCAAGAUGGCCCAGAAAUUGGCCAAAAACAGGAAGAAGGCACCUGAAGGAGAGGCGCAGCCCAUGACUGAGGUGGACCUCUUCAUUUCUACUCAGAGAAUUAAAGUGCUCAACGCUGACUCCCAGGAGACAAUGAUGGACCAUCCUUUAAGAACCAUUUCCUAUAUAGCAGAUAUUGGGAAUAUCGUUGUACUGAUGGCUCGUCGUCGCAUGCCUCGCUCCAAUUCCCAAGAAAGUGUAGAAGCAUCCCACCCUUCCCAUGAUGGGAAGAGGCAAUACAAGAUGAUCUGCCAUGUUUUUGAGUCUGAAGAUGCACAAUUAAUAGCUCAGUCUAUCGGACAAGCAUUCAGCGUCGCUUACCAGGAGUUUUUGAGGGCGAACGGCAUUAAUCCUGAAGACUUGAGCCAGAAGGAAUACAGUGAUCUCCUUAACACCCAGGACAUGUACAACGAUGACCUGAUCCACUUUUCCAAAUCGGAAAACUGCAAAGAAGUUUACGUUGAGAAGCAGAAGGGUGAGAUCCUGGGUGUGGUGAUCGUGGAGUCUGGAUGGGGCUCCAUCCUCCCAACUGUGAUCAUAGCAAACAUGAUGCACGCAGGUCCUGCAGAGAAGUCUGGAAAAUUGAACAUCGGGGACCAGAUCAUGUCUAUUAAUGGCACCAGCCUUGUGGGGCUGCCAUUAUCCACCUGCCAAAGCAUUAUCAAGGGGUUGAAAAACCAGUCUCGGGUGAAGCUGAACAUAGUGCGGUGUCCCCCUGUCACCACAGUGCUGAUCAGAAGACCUGACCUGCGGUAUCAGCUGGGCUUCAGCGUGCAGAAUGGCAUUAUCUGUAGCCUUAUGCGAGGAGGAAUAGCAGAACGAGGAGGAGUACGGGUUGGUCAUCGGAUCAUAGAAAUCAAUGGGCAAAGUGUAGUAGCAACACCUCAUGAAAAGAUAGUCCAUGUUCUGUCCAAUGCAGUUGGUGAGAUCCACAUGAAGACCAUGCCAGCCGCUAUGUACAGACUGCUGACUGCCCAGGAACAACCCGUUUACAUCUGAGGGGCUAAAACGUCAGUCACCAUAAAGUGGACACGUCUGUGUGGUUUGGUUGUGUUAGCAUUGCUGCAUUUCUGUGAUGGCAGAUUUUUUUUAAAAUGUGUUGUGUUUUGACAAAAUUUGUUAACUCUGAUGUUUUUCGGAGGUGCAGCUUUGUGUGGUUUCUAGAAAUUAAUGUAAAUAAAUAUAAUGCGGACUAAUUUUCACAAAUUUCUCCACACUUAGGCUAGGUACCUGAACACGUAUAUUCUUUUGCAAAGGUUUUGACAUUGUUAAGGGAGCACUUUUCAAAGAAGUAUGCUGUUCGAACACACACAACGAUUGAAUGAAUGCCUCAUUGGGAAAUGGGUUUAAGCCCAAAAGAAUUUUUAAGGAACAUUUAAAAAUUGUGAUAUUUGCUGAAAGCCACAUGUCCCACUGAGAAGGAUUGUGCAACGCCUCGCUCCUAAUGCUUUAUUUUGUACCUUUUAACAUUCCAGCUGAAUUGUGUUAUUUAUUUUGUUUGCUUCACUGAAACAUUCUCACAAAAAGAACGUGAAAGAUCAAAACCAUUGUUAUUUGACAAUCUCAAAAACUAAAUUGAAGAAAGUCGUCUUUGUUUCAUAAGAUAAUAAUAACCUUGCAUUUGGUUUAUAGCAGGGAUUUUAUUUUCAAUAUUUGUUACAUGCAUUCUGUACCUUUAAGGAAAAGUAGCCGAUGAGAAGGUUUUAUUUGAGCUGUGUUUAAAACAAUGUGUUUACAUCUAACUCUUCUUUUCAUGACUUCUGCUUUGAUGUAAAAUGAAUCCACCAAUGGGAUCCUUCGAAACUGCUGUUCUGAUUUCUGAUGGGAACGUGAAUAGAAAACUCGACUUAAAACCCAACAUGUGGUGGGUGAGAGUAUACGACUCAGUUAAAGGCAAGAAUCUGACUAGGUUAUCAAUGGUCCCUAACUUGUGCUCACACUGAUCCCAUCAGCAGUGAAACUGAGUGGAUGGUAGUGUUAAUAUGUACUCUCAUGUCGCUGCUGCUGUUUUCACAGAGAAGAAAACAUUGAGAUGCAAUUCCCCUUUAAGACAAUGUAGGUUCCCCCUCCACACAUACACACACACACAUAGACACAUUUUAAUUUUAUAUAAAAGAAACUAUAUGCCAUACAAAAGUAGAUGUCUUAUGAAACUCCUAAACUGUACAGUACUUUGCAGUGCAUUGCAUCAGGAUCGUUCCGUAUUGUGGCCUGAACCUGUCAUCUGCCUUCAUUCCUGAAUUACUGUACACUGCUGUAAUGUGCUGCUAAGUCUAAUGUGCUGAUUGUCCUCUACAUCUCUGUAGGGCUGGGACUAAACUGGUUGCCUGAUAUGGACCACAUACGCCAGAACGGCCCACUAAAGGCCCUGGUGUAUAGCCGAGGAGGCAGCUCCAGGCACUGACAAUGAUGGGUUAAAGCAUUAAGUGACAGCAACGUCCCUUGAUCCGGGGAGGAAAUGAAGAAACUUCCCACCUCUUCCCCCACAACACAAGCAGUAAUUCAGUACAAUGAUAAAUUUACCUUUAGACAAGCAUUACCCAAUGGGGAGUGUAAAACUAAUACAUUUAUCUGACGUUGAUAGGCAUGUUUCAUUAUGACUGGUUAAGAGCAUUGUCCAACAUGGCACACAUUUCUGAGCACUAAAAUAAUGGCAAUAGGUAGCUUUUGGAGUGGAGGGUGGUGGGGGGACCAUUAAUACAGCUUCACUUUUGUAAAGCUUAUUUAUUGACUCUUGGAGCUAGGUUAAUUCAAUAUAAAAGAACAAAGUAGGGUUUUUUUUCGAGAGAAAAGAGACUGAAACUAUAAGGAUUCACCUCUGUUGGCAGAGCUGCUUGAGAUUUUCACACACUACUGCUGUUUACACAUGAACCAAAAGGUCACAUUACACUUACUCCUCGUCUUGCUCUGUAGCAUUGUUACUUGAAGUAAUUCCAAUGGCAUGAUACAAACUAAUGGUUUCAGUCAUUCAGUGGCUUGUGUGUUAAUAUUUAUAGUCAAUUUCUGCAGCUGCUGAUGUGACUUAAUGUAAAUAUUUUACGCAGUACUAGAAAUAUCAAGUAUAUCAUAUUUUUUUUCUCUUGUAAUGUGGUGCAAUAGAGAAUAAUGUGAAACAUCGGGAAAGUAUAGUAUUGCAAUGGUAACAAAUCCGUUCUUUGUAAACUGAUGUCAAUUCAUGUGCGUCAGCUAUUAAGUAUGACUUGAAUAAUGCACUGCUAAUGAAUGUAGUUUCUCUUCAAUAUUAUUUGAUCAUAUAUCUACAAUAUCCAUUCUUGUUUAUAAUACAGCAGCAAUGUUUAUUUAUUACUUUCAGGAAUACUGUUUGGAGAGUGAUAUGUUUAACAAGCUACUUUCCUUAACAUUCUUGUUCCUCAGCAGCUAUGAAGGGAAAGAAUGAACACUUCCUUCACUCCUCAUGUGUUUCCAUUCAUUUCCCCCCCUCUAAAUUGUUAACUUUUCGAAUGCUGAAUUACACACUGAGAACAAUGCAUAGAAUACAUGGAACAUAAACAAUCUAAGGAUAGUCGAAGUGUCUUAACCCGAUGCCUUUGGACACAAAGCUCCAAGGCUCUGGCGGAGUUCCCCACAAUGGAUUUAAUUGACUGAACAGGACAAUUGGCAGCAACUCCCAGAUACCUGACGAACCCAGGCCACUCAGAGAAAAGAAACUGAUCUGUGUGUACUGUAGACAUGAUGGGUGUCACUGCAUUUUCCUUUUGACAGAAUGGAAGGUAAUGAGAAGGGAGAAAGAGGGGACAAUAAACCUUUGCGGACACUGGACUGCAUUGCCACUCUUUCUCCUUUUCUUUGGUGUUUUGAAAUUCUGUUGGUUGGAAAUAUUACACUUGAAGUUUCACGAGACUCCAAAGUACAGCAUGAGAACAGGCCAACAUGCAGACAACAAGCAAAGGCGUUCUUUAAAUCCCAAUUAAGUGGGCGUGCAUUAAGUGGUGUCUUUUCUUAUCCAUUACUUCUGCCUCGGGGCCGCGGGUAGGAGAGGGGAGGUUGAGAGGGAAACAAGUGCUUUGAAAAUGGGCUAAACAACAUCAUUUCCUUUUUCUCCAAAGAUAAUGGUGUAUUUUUAAAAAAAUAUAUAUUGUCGUUAAAUUCUAACAAAUGCCUACACUAAGCUAAGACAAUAGGACUGUAGUAAAGGCGUCUCUUUAAGAGGGAAGUGCGGAGCCUUAACUACCUUAAAUUGUUGAAUGCCUUUCCUUGUUGGCUUGUCAUGCACUGCACUUCUCUCUUUUUGACCAACGUUCCCCCAUGUUGCCUUUCUGUAGCUGUCUCAGUAGCUGCUGUGCUAUGUGUUGCAUGUAUUUACCUCUGUAACAGGUUGUGUUCUGUCACUGUAUGCACAAGGCAUGUGCCUCGCAACUCUGACCAAUAAAAUUUAACACAAACAAUA